AUGAUACCAAUGGUACUGCCGCAUAUCGAUGAGCAGCUCGAUAUGAACUUCGCGCAAAUAGAAGUGAAUGUUUACGAGCGCAAUAAAGAAAAUGUUCAAUUGAUACAGCAAUUGGCUAACAUCGAGGACAUACUGGAAUCACCGAUCGAUUUGAAUAUCAGUUAUAUGAAAGUCAUAGAAUUAAAUCCUUUGCUGUGGUACAAUUACAACGUUAUGCCGAAGAAACUGAAACUCACCAAUACUGGAUACACCGUGAUUCUCAGCGGAAAAUGGGAGGCAGAACGGCCGUAUUUGCGGGACGGUCCUUUUGCGAGUAAUUAUGUUUUCUCGCAAAUCCACUUUCACUGGGGCGAGACCAAUAUGGACGGCAGCGAACACUACGUCGACGGUGGGAGCAUGCCAAUGGAACUGCACGCGGUGCAUUUCAAGAGUGAUUACGAGACCCAGGAAGCGGCUCUUCGCAGGGACGACGGUGUCGUCAUUUUAGUAUAUUUAUUUGAGUUACAGGCAGAUCAUAAUCCACUUUUAGACGGUAUCCUGAGGGCACUGCCUUUGGUCCAAGCAGCUUAUUCUUCUGUCCGUCUAACGCCCUUCCUCAUAACGAAUAUUAUGCGAUGCUUUCAACGCGAUUACUUCGUGUACUGGGGAUCUGUGAAGAUGAUAAGUUACAGGAACAGCGUACUUUGGGUAAUAAGCAGAGAACCGGUAGGAAUAUCUAUGGAGCAAGUUGCACAGUUCCGCACGCUGUACGACAAGCGUGAAGUGCCGCUUUUGACAAAUUGUCGGCCGUUGCGAGACAGAGGCGAUAGGAGCGUCUUUCAUGUAUGCCCCAGUGGAACUACACACGCAACGCUUCUGUCCAUUCCACGCGGUGACACGUGUAUUCAUCAGGGCGAUGCCGCUGAUAAUGACAACAAUGCAACGUGACGCGCUCUGGUUAUA